AUGUGUAAUAGGAAGCCUAUUGAGAUUUGGAGGCAGAAAGGUCAUAUUGGAAAAGUUGAGUCUAAACAAGGUGAUGUGAACCAGUUGCCAGCUUUAGAAGAAAAAAGUGCUUCUAGUGGGGGAAAGGUUGUUGAUACGAAGGAUUUAGCUGGUAUGGGGUUAUCUGAAGGUCAGGGGAUUUCUGAGCCUCAGGUUCAAUUAAAGAAUUCAGAUCACAUAGUAGCACCAAAUAGGAAUUCUAAUGAGAAAGACAGUUUGGAAUGGAGUACUCCUAAAAGGGUAGGUGGUAAUAAGAAGGUAAAUAGGAAGACACAGAGCAAUCUGAGAAACUCAUAUGGUGCUUUGCAAGAUAAGAUUAGUCUUGGAGCUUUGUUGGAGACCAAACUUUAUGGUGAUAAAAUUGGGAAAAUGAUGAGUUCUUAUUUUAAAGGGUGGAAUUACUACUCGGGUGCUAAUUCGGAGGGUCGUAUUCUGGUUUUGUGGCAGCCUCAGGUGGUGACUGUUGAGAUUAUGAUGGACAGUGACCAAUUUGUUCACAUAUGUGUUAAAGGGAUUAAAUCUAGUAAGGUGUUCUGGUUUUGUGGCAGCCUCAGGAAUACCACUGAGCGUAGACUUCCUCUUUGGAGUGAUCUUGCUGGGUUAAGUUUCCCUGUUAAACCUUGGGUUGUGGCAGGGGACUUCAAUGUUGUUUUUGAGGGUACUGAUAGAGUGGGUGGCCGAAUCAUUUCUGCUGUUGAGUUGGAGGAUGCUCAAAAAUGGAGGGCUUUGGGUUUAGUUGAUGAGCUGCGUUCCACAGGGUCUCAUUUUACUUGGACUAACAAACAAGAGAAUGAUAAUAGAAUCUACUCUAAACUGGAUAGAGUGUUUAAAAAUGAAGAAUGGCUGGGUUUGUUCCCUCAAGCUGAAGCUUUGUUUAACUGGGACCUUCUAUCUGAUCACUGUUAUUGCAUUAUCAAAAUGGGAGUUGCUGUUAACAGUGGUCUUAAGCCUUUUAGAUUUUUUAAUAUGUGGACUGAGCACAUGAGAUUUAAGGACACUGUUUUGCAGAGCUGGAAUAAACCUAUUAAAGGAAAAGGGCUGGUGCGUAUUGUCAGAAAGCUGAGUAGACUUAAGGUUGUUUUAUGCAAGUUUAACAAGCAUGUUGUGGGUGAUGUUGCUCAGCAUUACAGUUUGGCGAAGGAGAAGUAUCAAGCUACUCAAGGUUCGCUUCAGAGGAAUCCCCACUCGAUUGAGUUACAAAGGGAGGAGUCACUGGCUGGUACCUGUUUUGCUUAUCAUUCUAAAGCUUAUGACAGUUUUUUGAGACAAAAAAGCAAGGUUGAUUGGCUGCAUUAUGGGGAUGAUAACACGGCUUAUUUUCAUGCGUGUUUAAAACAAAGAAGAGCCAAUAAUUGCAUUACUUCAGUGGUUUCGGAAUCGGGUCACUUAAUUGAGAAGUUUGAAGAUGUUGUGGCGCAUUUUGUGAAUCAUUUUCAGAAAAUUAUGGGUAGUAAUAGUAAUGUUCAUUUCCUAUUCAGACCUCCUGUUUUAGACUUGGUCAUUGUUGAUCCUUGGAGCAGCAAAUUAAGCUAG